AUGUCAUCAUUCAGGAAUAUUCAGAAGCUUUCUAUAGUCAUGGUGUCUCCGAGAGCGAUCGCUGGCAUGUCUUUCUGUAUAAGGCUAUUUAUUCUGUGCCUGGCAAUUGUGGCAAUGAUUCUGAUCCUGGUGGCACCAGGCGCAUGCUUCUCACGUUAUCUAAACGGUCAACCAAUAAGCAGGGAAAUUUGUCCGGGUCAGAACAGCAUUUUUCCGAUGAACGCCGACAGGUGGAGCAAUGCGUUGCAUUUUCAAGGGAGAGGAGAAAAUGUUUAUGGUCAAGUCGCGCUGAUCGUCAUUACACUUUUUCUCGCAUUGGUUACUGUAGGUAUCAGCUGUGUACAUUUGGCUAUUGGUCACAAUUUAACAUAUGCGCAACUUUUUGCCUCCGGAAUCGCGUUAAUAGCAUUUCUCGUGUGUGGCGGUGUUGAGACGUGGUACGCAACGGGAUUUGAUCAUAUGUCCUUCUUCAUCAUGGCUGUAGGAAAUGGAGUGGUUUCUGGUUGUGCGGGGUUGCCCGGCUGUCAGAUUCAGUUCGUCGUGAAGGGUUGGGCGGUAGCAGCGGCAUUUUACUUCCUCGCUGGUCUGCUCUAUCUCGUCGAUAUGGGAUUGGUUUUCGCAAAAAAAGACAAAUUCGUUGCUGAUACCUACCCUGUCUCACGACCACAGCACUACUAA